GCGACCGCCGUGACGUCUGCUCCGAGUUUAUCAGCAGAAUCGUGUCAAUAAAGAUCUAAAAUCAUGUAAAAUGUCUCUGCAGAGAGUUGGCGGGCUCGGGCGCGCGCUGUGGCAGAGCGGCAGCAGGACUCCGCCGCUCGCGAGAAAAGACCGAAACUUCUCCAGCAAGCGCCUCGCGCCCUGUGCCGCGUGCAGCGCGGAGCAGUCGUGCAGAGAUGGGCUGUGCAAAGGCGCCUCUCCGCCCGCGGUGCCGCCUGCCUCGCCUGCGGGGUCCAGACACCAAAUAGGGGGCAAAGCGCGCAGCGAGGAGUCGCUGAACGUGUCCGGACGCUCCUUCUCAUCCACGGCGCUGAAGGUGGAGCAGACGUCCUACCUGUGGGCUCGAUACAACGAGAUGAAGCGGCUGGUCCACGACCUGAUCCCACCAGGAGUGUGUAACCUGCUCAAUUCAUCUACCAUCUACGCCAAUAAUGAAGUCAGUCUGUCAGAGGUGGACAUCUAUGGCUUUGACUAUGACUACACGCUUGCCCUCUACUCCAAUGCUCUGGAUGCCAUGAUCUACACCAAUGCCCGAGACUUCCUCAUCAAACACUUUAAGUAUCCACAAGCCAUCAGUAAGUAUGACUACUUUCCAAACUUCGCAGCACGGGGCCUUCACUACGACAUUCAGAAGGGGCUUCUAAUGAAGAUAGAUGCCUUCCAUUACAUUCAACUGGGAACAGUGUAUAGGGGUUUAAAUCCAGUGCCGGAUGAAGAAGUGCUCAGGCUGUAUGAUGGAACGCACCACGUGCCCCUGAACCAAGUCAGUGGUUUCUAUGGGAAGGGUCCAAAUGUUAAGCAGUUCAUGGAUGUCUUCUCUCUACCUGAGAUGACUCUUCUGGCGGUUGCUAACGACUACUUCAUCUCCAAUGACAUAGAGUACGACCCUGUGCACUUGUAUAAAGAUGUCUCGGAAGCUAUUGGCAUGGUGCACAUUAAAGGCUACAUGUACAAGUGGAUCAUGGAGGAUCUGGAAAAAUAUAUUCUCAGAGGAGAGGAGACAUACGCAGUGCUACAUCGACUAGUUAGUCAUGGGAAGAAGCUGUUCCUCAUUACAAACAGCCCUUUCAGCUUUGUUGACAAAGGGAUGAGAUACAUGGUAGGCAAAGACUGGAGAGAUUUCUUCAAUGUUAUCAUCGUGCAAGCAGACAAGCCCCAUUUCUUCAAUGACUGCGCCAAACCAUUUAGACGUUUGGAUAGCAAAGGGGACCUCCAGUGGGAUAAGAUCAGUAACUUAGACAAGGGUCAAGUCUACAAACAGGGGAACCUCUUUGACUUCCUUCGACUAACAGGAUGGAGAGGGUCCAAGGUGCUAUACUUCGGAGACCAUCUUUACAGUGACCUAGCGGACCUGAUGCUGCGUCAUGGCUGGCGCACAGGAGCCAUCGUUCCGGAGCUGGAGCUGGAGACGAAAGUAGUGAACACGGAGCAGUACGCUCAGAGUCUCACCUGGCUGCAGGCCCUCACCGGACUGCUGGAACGCAUGCAAAUGUAUCGAGAUCCUGACUCCAGAGCUGUGCUGCAGGAAUGGCUAAAAGAGCGAGAAGAGCUACGCGCCAGGAUCAAGAACCUGUUCAACCCGCAGUUCGGCAGCAUCUUCCGUACAUGCCACAACCCUACCUACUUUUCUCGCCGGCUCUGCCGCUUCUCUGAUCUCUACAUGGCUUCCAUCAGCUGCCUGCUGAACUACGACCUCUCCUACACCUUCUAUCCUCGCCGCACACCCCUGCAGCAUGAAGCCCCACUCUGGAUGGACCAGCUCUGCACAGGCUGCAUGAAGACCCCCUUUCUGGAAGAGAUGGCCCACAUCCGCUAAUGGAGGUUUUACCCGAUAUUUGUUCUGCUAGUUUGUUUAGAAUUUAGAAUCUGCACUGCAUUAUGCACAAUUUAUGAGACUUUGGGGUAUUUUGAAUGUCCUGAGGGACCUGGGAAAGAACUGGAGACAUUGUUCAUUUUCAUUUACACGUGAAAGAUUAUGUCUAAGACUGGUGUCUAGUCAACCUGUAGACCUGUGCAUUACCAGAGCUCAGUCUCUUACAGUCUUUCUACAGUACUUUCUACAGUAUGGUACUAAUGUUUCCUUUCAGCUUCAUGGCUUGAUGAGGUUAUAUAGGGCCUCUAAAGGUUCUUUGAGUGUUGCUAUUGAAGAACCACUUUUGAUUGCCUAGAGAGCUGUUUGAAAAAGAGAUCUGACUAUGAAGAACCAUUUGAAGAUUAAAAGAACCUUCACAUAAAAAUUCUAUGCGAAGUUAAAGGUUCCUGUACAUUAUGUGAAGGCGAGGUUCUCACUUACGCAUUUCAUUUACAAAAGAGGUUCUCCAACCAUCCAUCAGUUACAUUUUUAAAGAAGCAAAUGAUUUUUGUGUGGGAUUAUGCAAAUAACCCAUUUUUAGCACGUUUAUUUUCAAGAGUGUUCUGGAAACAGCCCAUGGCACAAAUAUCCAAAUGAAAGAAGUCUAAACAGACAUAGCCAAAGCAUAUAUGUAUAUACUAUAUGUCCAUAAGUAUGUGUACAGGUUCAGGUGCUUUAGCCACCCAUUGCUAACAGGUGUUUAAUAUCAAGAAUAGCCAUGCAAUGUCCAUAGACAGACAUUGGCAGUAGAAUGGGCCAUACUGAAGAGUGCAGUGAUGUGGCACUGUCACAGGAUACUGAACACCUUUGGGAUGAACUGGAACAUUGUUUGUGAGCCAUGUCUUUUUGUCUUCUGCCUGACCUCAUAAAUGCGCUUUUGACUGAGUGGGCACAGAUUCUCACAGACACACUCCAACAUCUUGUUUUUAAGCCUUCUAAGACUUCCUAGAAGAGUGGAGACAGUUACAGCUGCAAGGGGUGGGGUAACUCAAUGUUAAUAAUGCCCAUGGUUUUGGGAGGGAUGUCCCACAAACUCAGAUAGGUGUGAUGGUCAGGUGUCCACAUCCUUAUAGUCACAAAAAAGUGCAGACUUGACCCUGUUGAUGUAAAAUGUGAUGACAUUGAUGAAGUAAUUACAUACAGUAGUUUGCAAUAGUCAGGGAUCACCCUUCAUUUAUUUCAUUUCCAGAAAACACCAUUAAAAUAUAAUUAUUAUAUAAUAUAUAUAUAUAAUUAUUAUAGAAUUAUUCAUUUUUAGUGCCAGGAAAUAUAACAUGACACUAAAGCCUAAUAAAGCCUAACAACAAAAUAUAAUUUUUCAGUGUUUAAUAUGCCCAAACUAUACUGUAGUUUCCAUUCUUUUCAGGACACUUUCAGUUUUCAAAAAUCAGCUGGGAUGUUUUUACACACCCCAAAGUUCAGUUUUAGAAGUUAGUUGCAUUUUCUGCUUUUCGUGAUCCAACUAAUCCCAAACAAACACUUUUACGGAUGUUGAGGUCCGACCUCUGAGUGGUCUCUUAAUUUUGCACAGUAGUGUAUAUUAGUUCUCACAGAUAUUCGUUAAUUUUAGGUAUUGAUGUCAAGGUCUUUCAUUUUUACUCGUUUCGUGUUUGUUUAUUUUGAGUAUAAUGCUUUAACGCACAAGAUAUUAGUGGCACUUUGUUACCACAUAUACGCACAUGUUUUAGGAAGGAGUUUAAGCUUUUUUAUGAUCAGGAUGAUCAAGGUUUGUCUAUAAGUUUCUUUUUAAAAUCAACCUAAUUUUUCAGUGAUCAAUUGUUUAUUGCAUUUUCUUAGUCUUUUCUCAUAGCAGAUGGAUAAAUGCUAUACAGAAAGAAAUCAAAACGCAUUUUUAUAUUCAGACCGAACAGAUUUUAGAAGGUUAUAAUUCAGUGAGAGGCUUAUUUAUGUUGAAGACUGAUUUGGGAACCACUGCUCAUAUUAAGGUCUAUACCAAUACAAUGUCGUUUACUUUGUCAGACUCUUACUUUGUUUUACAGUACAUUACAAACAGAUGUAGGAAGUAACAAAGUGGAAGUAUUUCACUACUAUUUCACUGCUGUUUGUGUCCGUACUUGAGCUUUUCUAUCACUUGAUACUUUUUACUUUUACUUCGCUUUUUACUCACUUGCUUGUUACCGUAAAUUUAGGCACCUCAUCAAGUGGCAACUUGUUUGCUAAUUGAAAUCCUACUGGGUGUGAAACCAGAAAGGAUGAUUCAGAUGUCUGCGCAUUUAUGCAGGUCUUUGGCUACUGCCAAAGCUAUCAAGAACCCAUCCAUGUCCUUACUUUCAACUGUUUGACCUGGUUGGUUCAAAAAACAUUUCUACAAAACAAAAUCUAUUGAGUGUAUGGUUUUGCAUAUGAUGCAUACACCUCUAACAUAAUUAACACAUCUAAUUAAUAUACAAUAUAGAACACCCUGUUUCAAACAUUUAAUUAGAAACAUUUUUUAAAUAAAUAUUUUUUACUUUUUUUGCUUUAAGUACAUCUAGAAACAUGUACUUUUAUACUUUUGUUUGAAUAAAGAAUGUCUGUAUUUCUGCUCUGAUUAUAUUAUAUUUCUGCUAUGAUUAUAAAGAAUGGACAGGCCCUAACAGAGGACAGAAAAACAUACCUUUCACUCCUGUCUGGGUGAUUUUUUCAUACUUUAUUCUACUGUUUCCAGCAGGCUUCUACUGAAGUCAUAAACUAACUACCAGUAUGUAGGUUAGUUUUAACUGCAAUCGUGAUAGAUGUGACCACUAUACUGUAUCAAAUUGCACAGAAAUUUAAAUAAAAUAUUUAUAAAUUA